AGCUGCAUUUGGGCGUGCCGGUGCAGCAGCCGCACCUGCACCGCCGUCGCUCUCGCCCUCCAAAAUACCAGCGUCAGCGAAGGCGUCGGCGGCGGCGUCCCGGCGUGGUGCGCGCGGAGGCGGAGGCGGCGGCGGCGGCGGCCGAGUCGUCUAUUCCUGGCGGCCGGGGGCGCGCCCCACCGCCACCGCCGCCGCCGUGGUGCCGUGUGCAACCGGGGAAAGACUAGGCCGGCCGCGCGCCCGCCGCCUCCAUUCGAAUACGCGCGGUAGUCCAGUGACUGGAAAGCAGCCCCCUCGCUAGUUUCCGGCCUCGCCUACCAACGAAAGCCGAACAGGUUACGUGAGUGAUACCCGGCCAGCAAAAUGCCUUUCAAGCCUAUUGAGAACCCAAAGUGCCCUAAAUGUGGCAAAUCUGUGUAUGCUGCUGAAGAGAGAGUAGCUGGUGGGCUGAAAUGGCACAAAAUGUGCUUCAAGUGUGGAAUGUGUAACAAGCUGCUCGACUCCACCAACUGCUCCGAGCACGAGGGGGAGCUUUACUGCAAGGUGUGCCAUGCCCGCAAGUUUGGCCCCAAAGGCUAUGGAUUUGGUGGUGGUGCUGGCUGCCUUAGCAUGGACACCGGAGACCACCUGCAGAAAGACGCUGAACAGGCUGUGAGUAAUGCAGUGUAUGCAUUGAAAAACAUAGCUAAGGCUCCAGAAGGGGAAGGCUGUCCAAGAUGUGGUGGCUAUGUAUAUGCUGCAGAACAAAUGCUGGCCAGGGGAAGGGGUUGGCACAGGGAAUGCUUCAAAUGUGCAGAAUGUUCGAAACGACUGGACUCUGUCAAUUGUUGUGAAGGACCUGAUAAGGACAUUUACUGCAAAGUCUGCUAUGGUAAGAGAUUCGGCCCCAAGGGUUAUGGAUAUGGCCAAGGAGGUGGUGCUCUACAGAGCGAUGCUGUAGCUAAUGGUGAAAUAUCUGCACCUAAGACCACUGUGAUUGAUACUGCUGUAAUCAAGGCACCUCCAGGAAAAGGUUGCCCUCGUUGUGGUGGUGUUGUUUACGCAGCUGAACAAGUGCUUGCCAAGGGCCGUGAAUGGCACCGGAAGUGUUUUAAAUGUCGUGACUGCACUAAAACCUUGGACUCCAUCCUGGCCUGUGAUGGGCCAGACCGUGAUGUCUACUGUAAGACAUGUUAUGGAAAAAAGUUUGGUCCCCAUGGUUAUGGAUUUGCUUGUGGCUCUGGAUUUUUGCAGACUGAUGGUUUAACGGAAGAGGAGAUUUCUGCAUCAAGGCCAUUCUACAACCCAGACACAACUUCAAUAAAGGCUCCAGCUGGCCAAGGCUGUCCAAGGUGUGGAGGUGCAGUAUUCGCUGCUGAACAACAACUGGCAAAGGGAACGAUGUGGCACAAGAAAUGUUUCAACUGUAAUGCUUGCCAUCGACCUCUGGACUCUGUACUGGCAUGUGACGGACCAGAUCGAGAAAUCUAUUGCAGAGCUUGUUAUGGAAAGAAAUUUGGUCCUAAGGGCUUUGGCUAUGGUCACGCACCAACACUGGUGUCCGAUGGAGAAAUUACAACACCAUACUUUGAUGCCAAACCAACAUCUGGACCUAAAGCAGCUGAAGGGAAAGGCUGUCCGAGAUGUGGCUAUGCUGUGUUUGCUGCUGAACAGAUGAUUAGUAAAAACAGAAUUUGGCAUCGGCGUUGCUUCAGCUGCGGCGAGUGUCGUCGUUCUCUUGAUUCAACCAACCUCAAUGAUGGCCCUGAUGGAGAUAUCUAUUGCCGUGGGUGCUAUGGAAGGAAGUUUGGACCUAAAGGGGUGGGAUUUGGAAUGGGUGCUGGUACUCUGACCAUGGCUUGAGGCUUCCAGAGUUCCUAUGUAUGCACCAGUAUACCAUCCCGGCGUAAUAUUUCAUACUCUAUCAUUUGAAGACUACAGGGAAUAACAGGGAACUGUUUGUGCAGUUACUACGCUUGUGAUUUACUGUUCCAGUUUUAUUAUACACACUGAAUUUGAAAGUGUGAUUGCUUAAUUUUCAUUUUGAUAAACAUUACAGUCUUCCUUUGUAUUAAAUACCUAAUGGAAUACUGACAUGUUUCCCACACUUUCAGUUACUUAAACAGAACCUACUCUGCUUUACCACGGUGGUCAGAAGACUUGAAUCUGUACGAAAAAUGCCGGGAUGUUGCUGUUUCUUUUUUUCCUUUUUUGUGUUUGUGAAUGAUUUCUAGGUGAAAGUUAAAAACUGUGGAUGAAUGUGAAAGCUUAAUUGACUGUUUUUGUAAACUGGUGACUGUAUGCUUAAAGUAUUCCAGGAUUUUUGAAUAGAAGUUUUUGUAUAUUUUUCUUAUUUUUACAGUAGUUUUGGGGCAGGUUGUAUUGUAUGAUGGUUCGUGCAUUCCGAAAAUUCAGUUUCCCUGACCACCAUGUUCUAAGCGCUAAAACUCUAUCUCUCUCUCUCUCUCUCUCUCUCUCUCUCUCUCUCUCUCUCUCUCUCACUCACACACACACACACACGCACACACACACACACACACACACACACACACACACACACACACACACACACACAGAUAUACUGGGUAUAAUUAUGCACUUAUGCAUCUACGCAUACAUAAUCACAUUGCAAUUCAUAUUCAAUAGGAUUAGAAUGUGAGUCCUAGUUCUUAACAACAGAUUCCAGAUAGACAUCAAAUGAAAAAAUAUGCAGAACAAUUCCAAACAGUCAGUUUUAUAUGAAUUCCUGCCACUAAAGCUGUUCAUGCAGUACUGUGUUAUUGCAUCAGCCAAUCAGGAAAUUAUAUGGACUGGGGUACUUAACUUUUACAGCCAUAAUGUGUAACUUAAAUACAUCAUGACAGAAUUAGAGCACAUACUAUAAGCCAAUAAUAAUUUACAAAUCCAGACUUCAUCAGUGACACUUUUCACCAUAAGCACAUGCACUGUAACUUAGCAUAAAUAUAUUAAUGCAUUGUUGUGGAUUUUUUAAGAAUACUAACAAAAAUAUACUUUUCAUUUAAGAAUAGGAGCCAUAUCUAAUAUUGUUGAAAUAUAUGCACAUUUUCUGUCUGUUAACUGACUAUCAAAGAAUUUUGCAGCUGUUAGGUACACUUUUACAGAUCAUUGUAGUAGUGGCAAAUUUUGCAGAACAAAAUGACUGAAACUGCCCCAACUCAACACAAUUGUGAUUGCUACCCAGUCCAAGCCAGGAGCUCAAAAAUCAGUUUUUUUUUUGUUUUUACUCAAGGUAAGCAAAAUAGUGGGGUACCUAUAGCUACAGCUGUAUCUGCAGAAAGCCUGAAUGACCCUUACCAAAAAAAAAAAAAAAAAAAAAAAAAAGAGAA